AUGUCAGAUUUGUUUACAUUUUCGUGAAGCCGGUACGAUGCGUUUCGUUCGUAGCCAAAAGUGUCUCGUGUUUUUUGUGUUGUAAAGUUAGUCAAACAAUGAAACGAUAUUUGUUAGACUUAAGUGAACUUUAUACAGACCAUAGACAAAAGGCUUAUAUCGGAUAUCGUGACACAUGGACCACGGUCGGAUGCAUUAUACGCACUAUACGACACACAUUCAACAUAGAGUCGGACGUCUACAUCUGCAGCGAGGAUGGAAUAUUCUAUCCAGCUGGUGAAAGUGUAGAGCUGAUACGCGACGACAAAACAAUAAAGGUACUGCCGAUAAAAUCAGUACCAAAGGAAAAUAUAGUAUCAGACGAUGAACCUUCCCACCGGCGCAUUUCGAGUAUUCACCAAGAAAGUAGCACAUACGAAGACAUCGAAUCAAUUCUUUUGGGUCUUCCAAAACCGAAACGACGUCGUGUGCGGAAGCGUAAAAUUAAACAAGGUGCAGAUAAAGAAGCAGCUUCCCCAUCGGUGUCAGUAGUGAAAGCAAAAGUACCUCAAACCGAAACUGAUACCAAGCAGAACGGGCACAUUCGGUUUUCCAACGAAGAAUCACAAUCGAGUAACGGUAGCAAAUCAUCGGAUGAGCUUCCGUACAGGAAUUUAAAUCAUACAAUGAAGGCAAGAGUUGUACGGGCUGUGUCUCCAUCGGUUCUUUUCAAACAGCGAUAUGAACCACCCGCAGCCAUUGCAACGACUAGUGAAGUUAGUAACACAAAUGAACCAACCAAACGCAUCUCAAAACCCAACAUAAAACCAAGAAUUAUUCGAGCAAUGGUGUGCACUGUCGAAGUAAAACAGGAACAACUUGAGGCAAGCGCUACGGAAACGAACGGUGGGUUUGUUAGCGAACAGUUGCAACAAUCGUAUCAACCCCAAACAGUAGAAGACAUCGAUAUUAUCGAAAUCGGCUCUCCAACACCUGUUAACGGUGAAGAGGCCACUCAUGAUACGGCUACACCGGCUGUAUGAAAGCAGUACUUCAAGUGUUGUUAUGUGUUUAACAUUGCCAUCUGUUACUGUACAUUCGCUGAGGCAUAAUAAUGCAUUUCACAUGUUUCCUACCAUCGGGCAGGUAAUUGGAGAAUAAAUAUCGGAAAUCAGGUAUUUGAACUUUAAAUAUUUGCAACAGAAAUCCUUCUGUUAUAAUCCUGUUUUAUGGCAAAUUAAACAAUAACUUUUCUAUUGGUAGAAAAAGUUUUUCAAGCGCGAAAUUACUUUACCAUUCUUGUCU